UGCCUGAUGAACUCUCUUCCACAACUUGCUUAGUUUUCUGAAAGAAGCAGUACUCUUGGCUAGCUAGCAUCUAUCAGUUGGAUAUGGAGAGGAAGGCAUUCGGGAUCUUCUUUCUGCUUUUCAUUGUCCUGGUUUCUCAGGUGACAAUCCCUCAAGCGGAAGCAAGGGUUUGCCAGUCGCAGAGCCACGGAUACAGGGGCCCGUGUUUGCGCAAUCACAACUGCGCAUUAGUUUGCAGGAACGAGGGAUUCUCGGGCGGGAGAUGCCGAGGGUUCCGCCGCCGCUGCUUCUGCACUAAACUCUGUUGAUCAUUGGAGUUAGGGUUUGCGAGUGGAAGGGAUAAUGAUGCUUAGAUUGUGUGAUUCGUCUGUUGUUGAAUUUCCGUCUGUCUUCAUUCACUCAUUGUUGAGAAUUGUCUGAAUUGUGUUCCAAGUGUAGUUUUCAGUUGUCAUGCUUCUUUUCUUAUAAUCUCCCUUUUUUAUGCAGUAAUGAUCUCUCUCUCUCUUA